GAACUGGUAGAAGCCUCCAUCCCUUAUCCUACUGCUGAAGCAAGUCAUUGUGUUGUAUACAUGUACAAUGUACAUGUUUCUGUAGUGAACAAGUUUUGUUUUAUGCUAACAUUUCACCUUCUUCUUCCAAAUAAUAUGCGUAGCUUACACUGGAGAAUCGUCAGAUAUGAACUCUAACCUUUCGUCAAAACUUUUACCAACCAUAGAACAUGUAAAGAAAAAAAUCUUUAGUUCAUCACAGAAACUUGAUUAAAUGUGUGUCCGUGUGAAAAUGUACCCUCAAUACUGAAGUCUUUCAUGUAUAACUGAAACCUUUGGAUGCAAGGCUUUAUAUUCAUGAUGUGAAAUGAAUAGGAAUGAUAAGUUCAUCAAACAUCACAGUCAGUGGUGAAAACAAAGCUCCCACUGUUUAAAACAAACACUGGAGAUAGUUAGAAUGAUUUGUGUGCAAAGAUGUGAGAUUGAUUAUGAAACUGAAGUGUAUUUCUUGGGAGUGUAUAGAUGAAACUCUGAGCUAGUUAACUUUCCUAAGUUGUUUAUGUUUAGUGCCAGUAAAUAUUGAUCAUAAUCAGUGCAAUAUAAUGCUCACAUAUUACAGUGUAUUGUUUUUGUUUCUAUUCUGUUUUAAAAUAACUUUUUGCUUGCUUCUUUGCCAGUGAUUCGCUGAAAUUUUCUCUGACGGAUGUUGGUGCCGACUUUGGGAUAAGAGAAAAAAUGAUCAAAUAUUUAUGACUUCAAUAUGGAAAAGGAAAAAAGUUGCAUUGCACAAUUACAAAAAGAGACAAAAAGCCAGCAAAGGGACCAAUAAAUCAAAUUGUUUUGAAGUUCACAUUUAUUUUUUAAUGUAAUAACUGAGCCAUGUAUUUAAAUGUUGAUUCUUCAUUUGAAAAAGACAGAAACAUGAAAAGAAAAAUACAGAAAGAAAAUAUGGAAGACAAGCAGAGCGAGGAACGAUAUUUGAAUUGUUUUGAAGUCUUCCUUUACUUUAUAUCCAACCUUGAAAAGCACACAUUUAAACACAAAUGAACAAGGGAAUUAAUUGAACAUGAAGAGGGAAUAUGAAAAAAAGACAUGAGAUUCAUGUGUAUUGUGGCAGACUUGUACUUCCACAAUAUAAUUGAGUCUCUUGAAAAAGAUCCAUGUAGAAUGGUGAAAAAAGAAAUCCAGACCCAGGAGAACUCUGUUGGCUUAGACGUCACACACAUCAAACAUGUACAGGAGUCGGGCAAGUUGGUAAGGGCUGAUUUAGAGUUGGAACAGAGAGGCAUUGAUCGCAAACUCUCAGAAUCCACAAACGGAUGAAGAUAUCCAUAUAUGGAUUGAUGGGAAAGUGCCAAAUAUAGCUAUGUUACCAUUGAUGUGCCAGUACAGACAAAGAGCUGAGCACCAAGUGAGAACCAUAUAAAAGUUGUGAUAAAGUUAGAGGUCGAGCUCCAGCAUGAAGGUCAUUCAGGUGGAGCUGGUAAAGUAGAGAAUGUCCAAGCAGUCAUUUGACGACUCUUCCAAUCUUGUAGACAUCCCAGCCCUGACUGAUGGUGAUGAGAAAAAGUGCGAUGCAAGUGGGAACACCAGCGACCUCCAGCCUGACCUUCUCUCAUUUGAUGAUCCAGAGCCGUCUGAUUUGAAAGAACAUCUAGAUAAACCAAAGUCCAAGAAAAGCAAGGCAAAACGGCUAUUCAAAAGAGCAAAAUCCCCAAUCAGUGGUGCUUUCAAUAAGACUAAGAAAGAGUUUGAAAAGUUGAGCAAUUUACCAAAGCAUCAUUAUUCAUCAUCACCUAAGUCACCCACUAAAUCUCCCUCAAAAGAAAAUCUUACUGAGGAAUACUCCAAGCUUGAGAAAAAGUUAAGUGAGAAAACAUCUGAAGAAUGGCUUCAGUUUCAACAGAUGCAAGACAGAAUACAGCAGUCACUGCAUAAGACAAAAUCCACUUUAAGCAAGUUAUCAUCAGAGAGUGAAGAUAAUGAGGGAAUACAGUCUAAGCCACUGACCACAAGGUGGACUGGUUUUGAGGAUGAUUCUGGAUUAGAACCAGAAGUAAUUGAUACAUCUUUGAAUCCUAGAAUCAGUAUUACUGGUGCCAAUGACUCAGAAUUAAAAGACUCCUCUGAUCUUGUGGACACUGGAACAGAUGAAAACAUUCUCAUCGAUACAACAGAUGAAAGUUCCUUGAUAGACACUGGCUUUAUUGAUACUAAUCCUUUAACACCCACCAAAGCAUUCCCUAUUCAUUCACCAAAUAUGGAUGAUAACCUAAUGGACGAUUCUGUUAUGUCUGAGCAUGAAAAUCUGAAAGAAUCACUGACAAAACCACCUCUUAAAUUACCAACUGGAGAAAUCUUUACGAAAAAGAUAAGUAGUGAUGAUAUGUUAGGUUUAAUGGAUAACAGUGAGCAAAAUUCAAUGACAGACCAGGAAGUUCAUGGUGAUGUUGCUCAACCAAUCGAUGAUUUGGAUAGUUUUUUUGGUGGAGAAACUUCAGAAAAACACAAUAGUGUUGGACAUGAGGAAAACAGUGAUUCUAUUUUGACUGGUUAUACAUUUACAUCAUCAGGUGAAAAGGUGGCUGUAGAUAAUGACAUUUUAAUGUUUGAAAAACCUCUAAGUGAAAUUGUGAAGACUUCUAAGCCUAAUGUUAAGCCCUCUGAUCAAGUCCCAAUCAUAAGACCUCCAAGUAGAGGGGAGCCACGAAUUCCUGAUGUUCGCGCUCCAAAAAGAGAUGAGGGGGAGUUGUUCAGCUUGGAUGAUGACACAGAUUUAACCCCAGUGCAACCAAUGCAGGAUAGUCAACAAGGUCAACAAUUCGAUCAGAGAGAGGGUCACAAAUCUGAGCCUGUCCUGCCAAUGUUUGUUGAACCUUUACAACCUGUAAAACCCACUCCUAAACCAACUGAAAAAGACCAAGCUGUUCCCCAGGUAGAUGAGUUUGCAGUUUUUGACAGACAAUCACAAUGCCAGUCUGCAACUCCUACAUCUUUUUUAGAUGAGUUUGCAAGUUUUGAUCCAAUAAAAUCUGAUACCUAUACAUCCUCUAAUAUUAUGCAAUCAAGUACUUCACCAGUCAAUGUCAAUGUAACUGGAAGUACCUCUAAUGCUCCGAUGUUUGGGUCAUCACCACAGACUGGGGGCUCAGCCUAUGGUUCAAUGCCAUCUUCCAGUUUAGACAUUUUCUCAAAGAUCAAAAUGAUGUCUUCAGGUAGCCAGCCUGUUUCUCCAGCAAGAAGAAAGGUUCCUGAAAAGCCUAAGGAUCAUUUUGGAUUUGUUAAGAAAGCGCUGAAACCAGGAGAAAAGGAAGAUAAUGAGGAGGAGGAUGGAUAUAAACCACUUGCUACGCUGUCUAAAAAAAAGGAGAGUGAAGAACUGAAAUCUGACAUUGAUGAAGCAGACGAUGGUAAUGCUGUUAACAAUCCUUUUCUAUCAGGUAGUUUCAAUCAGACCGAAGUUCAGAAUAUUAGUACUAUAAAUGCUGCAGAAUUGUUUGGACUUGAACCAGGCACAGCUCAUAUUGAUAGUGGCAUAGAUGAUUUCUUUGCAUCUUCAAGUGACUCUAGGACACAGAAUGAUGCAGAACUUGCAAAAGACCAAGCUAAAGGUUGGGUAGAUCCGACUGCAGCUGAUAUAGUGGACUUUGGAGCUGAUUUAGAUACAGACACGGCUUGGGAUGAUUCCCACAUUCCAGUAGAAAAGAAACCAACUGUCUGUGUAUGGGGUGGUGAGCAGGAAGCAGUUCUAGUUGACAGGGGUGAAGAUUCUAAUCCAUUCCAGGAUGAUUUCUCAAAGUUUGAUGAAGUUCCAGCAUUACAAGGUACCGGAGAGGCUGCCAAUCCUUUUAUGAUAACUGAUAAUGUAGAGGUUAAUGUUUCAACAGCAAAUCCUUUUUUCGACUUUGGUGAUGAUAAGACUGAUGAUACUGAUGGAAGACCAGACCUGGUUGGAGGCAAAGCUCACCCUGCCACAUUGUCUGAUAGUGAAAGUUUUUUUCUGGAUUCAGUAGCAGACACAAAACAAGGAGUUGAGGCAAUUGAUGAUGUAUUUGAUCCAUUUAAUGUCACUUCAAAGUCAUCAUCUUCUGAUCAAAACCAAGACAGCUCUAAUGCAGAAAAUUCUGAAUCUCUUGACCAUUUCUCUAGUGUUGCAGCCUCCGGUGAUAAGCAGCUGGCAAAACCAUCGGAUGAUGAUGAUCAUAGUUUCAUGCUGGAUAUUAAACCUGUCACGUCAGAGAAAUUAAAAACAGAUUCGUUACCUAUUGCUCCUGCUAUAGCUCCUCCUCCAAAGGCUCCGAAAUCCCCACAACCGCCAAGAAUAAAUCCAUUUGACAGAGAAUCCCCAGCAGAAGAAGACUUUGCUCAGUUUGAUGUGAAGGACAAACAAAAGGAAAAAGAUGGAGAGAAGCCUAAGGAGCAGAAUGAAGAAAGGUUACCCACAAGUAUGUCUAUGGAGAGUGAAACAACUACAGAAGAAGAAGAUGAGAAUCUUGAACCACUGGAGCCCUUCCUUCCUGAAUGUGAUAGAGAUAGCUUCAAGCUAAUGCUAAGAUACCCGACUAAAAAGAAAAUCGCAGGAAAUAGAUAUUGGAAAAAUGUGUGUGUGAAGAUUGAGAAACAGAAAGAUGGCAUUCAGAUACGAGUUUUAAAUGAUGCUAGGGAUGCUCUUCCAAUCCAAGAACUUUUAUUGCAGCCUUGUUACUCACUCUCUGAUAUCUCCCUUCAACAGUAUGAUCAGUAUGGUAAAAUUCACACAUGCAAACUACAAUAUGUGUUCUAUAAAGAAAGAGUUGGUAUAAAAACUGAAAGAAUUACACCUGCAAUUGUUAAAUUAAAGAAAAGAAGUGAAAAGCCAAAAGCUACAAUGAUUCUUGAUCAUUCCCCUCAAGUUUCUGAACUGCUCAAGUUUGGAAGUCUGGAUAAAAGUGAAAUUACAGAAUUUGUUCGUAAACUAGAGGAUGUUUUCAUGCAUCUUGAAGCUCAACGAGAAAAGACAUUGACAUAUACUAAAGAUGAAAUAACAGCUGAGGUUCAUGAUGAAUACUAUGCAGAACUAGAUAAGGAAGGCAAGGUGACCUUUCAAAAGGCAAGAAUGAGAGUGUUUGUACUGGCCUUUCUUACUGGCAUGCCUGUUGUAGAAAUAGGCUUAAAUGACAGACGUAGAAAAGGCAAGGAGGUGGUGGGUAGAUGUGAUAUCAUUCCAAUUAAAACUGAGGAGUGGAUAAGACUUGAAAAUGUGGAAUUCCAUUGUAGUGUUGACCGAGAUGAGUUUGAAAAGACAAAUAACAUCAAAUUUCGCCCAUUGGAUGCCUGUCAGUUCGAACUGAUGAGGUACCGAGUGCGUUUACGCGAGAAUAAAGAACUUCCAUUGCAAUUGACAAUUCAGCAAAUUAUAAAGAACAGAAAAUGUGAAGUUAGAUGUGACCUGCUAGUUACAGGCUACCAUUCCUACAGCAAGAAACAUGGUCAGUUCCCCUGUGAAGACAUUGAGGUCCGAUUUCCCAUUCCCGAGGUCUGGAUUUACAUGUUCCGCUAUGAGCGUCGCUUUGGAUAUGGCUCUGUACACUCAGCUGCACGAAAACCUGGAAAAAUUAAAGGUCUGGAGCGGUUGACAAUGAUGGCUCAAGGAAAUCUCAACCAGGCACUGAUGGAGGCUGACGUGGGCACAGCCAAGUAUGAGCAUGUGUAUCGAGCUAUUGUGUGGCGUAUUCCCAGACUACCCAUUAGAAACCAAGGUGCUUAUACCAGCCAUCUGUUCCGUUUGAAACUUGAGCUAGGCCCGCAUGAUGAAUUCCCAGAGUCUUUUGAGACACACACUAGCGUGUCAUUCACCAUGCCCUGCAGCACAGUAUCACAGUCUCAGAUUCGCAGCAUUGCUGUCACCAAUCAGAACCCGCCUGAGAAAUGGGUGCGCUCAUCAGCUAGCUACGAGUAUCGCAUAGAAAUUGAGCAUCUGGAUGAAUACCCUGAGUUGAUGGCAAUAGGAUCGGUAUACAAGGAAGCUGCUCGUCCAUCUUUAAAACCAGAGGAAGAAGAAAAGGAAGAGCGGGACCCUAGACUGGCACAGUCUGAUUCUGAUUCUAGUGAUAGUGAUUAAUAAUAUAUGCAGCUACCAGUCUGGAUAUUUGACUAGUGGUGCGAGAUUCUGACUCGAGCUACAUAAAUGAGAAGCAGUUAUCAGUCUGGAUAAUUGACUGAAACAGUCAGACUCUGAUAUAAAAUGGCAGUUAUAAAUAAAAGGUGCAAUAACCAGUCAUGAUCCUAGACUGGCAUUAUCAGGUUAAGUCCCAAAUGACAGUGAUUAAAAAACAAAUGCAGAAACCAGUCUAGAUGUUAGAUUAAGAGGAAAGGUCAAAAUCUGAUUCAAGAAUAUUUAUGAUUUAUCACUAGUGCAACAAAAAGUCUACUAUUAUAAGAAGCAGGGGUAGAGAGAAAAGGGACUUCAAGAUGGUUCAAGUCAGAGUCUGCAUCAACCAUGACUUAUAUCAGCUGCUAUAACUAAACAGAUUUCAACAAUAGCCGCAUCUUUUCAGUUUCUUUAGAUUUAGGAAGUCGGUAUAAAAACUGCUUCUCAUUUGAUAUUGCACUCAACUGACCACCAGUAAAACUGAUCUAGCAUGUUUGGUUAUUUCAAUAGACUGGCAUGAUAAAAAAUGUAGGACUAGUGUGUGUGUUGUUCCAUGCUAUUGCAUUUCAAAUAACAUAAUAGUGUUAUACUGGAUGUAUACUAGAUAGCCAACAUUUUAGCAGAUAUAUAUAUAUAUAAACAUUGUAGUCAUAUUUAUUACAACUGUUAUACAUGGUUCCUUUUGAAGAGUUACACUCUAUCUGUUUUCUGUUAGCACCAUGAUGUCAAAUAAAAGUACUUAAUAAUACGGUAGACAGAUAAUAUCUUUGGCAGAAUGAUUUCUUACUUAGAAGUUACCGUACAAGUAUUGGUACAGAAAUUAUUUGUUUACAUAGGUAAAAAUGAAUGCUAAUCAAUUUUCCUUUGAGAUUACCCUCUUUUACAUUUGAAUUACAUUAUUUCCUUGAAUAUAUAAUUAUUACUAUAAGAUUAGAGUUCAUUAAGUAAUUUCUUUGUGUAGAAGUAACCUAAGGGAGCGCAGCACAGCGAAGUGACCAUGGUUUCUGAUUCUCAAAGAAAUUACUGAAUAAAUUCUAAAUGACUUAGUGUUAGCCCCUCCCAGAUUGCAUCAGCUUUAAAAUUAAGCUGUACACCUGUCAAAACGACAAGUCAAUCACUGCAAGAUAUUGUUAUGUCAUUUUAAUCAGCAUGGACACUGAAAUUGCGCCUUUGCAUGUGCAAACAGUAGGCAUGUGCAAACAGUAGGCAUGGCUAUGUGCGCAUGUGCACCUAUAGCAAUUUUCUUAAUCAUGAAAAGACAUCUUCAGCAAUAAGUAACAAUUCUUCACAUAAAAGGAAAUUAAUGUUACACAUUUUAAAAAUCUUGUGCCCAUGAUUGGCUGACAAUGUAGGGCAAACACUUAAUCAGUUUUUAUCACACUUAAAUUUUGAAUUUAGAUCAGUUGCCAUUACCAUUAUGUUUAUUAACAGAUCAUUAAAUUUUAUUUUUAAAAAGUUUACUUUCUGUUGUUGAGAUAUUUGUUAAAAUAUUCAUCAGUCAUAUCAAGAAUUUGAAUUUCCUUUCUGCUUUUGGAAUUUCCUAUAAAAUAAUGGCGACCAUAUUGAUUACUUAUAGAAAAUGUAUUUCCCUUUAUAUUACUGAUGGAGACUUUUAUUAACUAUGACAAUGUGACCGAUUGUUUACACUAAUAACAGGGUAUAAAAGUGUUCUCGAAUUGUUCGCAAAUGAAGCAAUUUUGAUAGAGCAGGCAUUGACGUGUCUCAAUGAACUUGUCCAGGAUAACUCUGAAUUCCACCAUAUUGAUUGACGAUCACUUUGGAGAAUCAAUUCUGCCUUUCUGAGGUCUGGCUUGCAGUUCCCACAUUGAUUGUUCAGGAAAUACUGAGACCUCUUGAGUUAAUUGUUUAUAUUAUUUCCCCAAGGUCCCAUCUUAAUGUCACAGUAGUCGGUCUUGUAAAUGCAGAUUUAUGUCUUAUAACACUGCUUUCUAUCAGUGCCUGAACAGUUUCUUACACAAAAUAGAAGUAGUGGAAUAUUUGUAGUACAGGGAUGUGAUUGUUCACAUAUUUCCAUGGAUCAAAUGGCUCCAGGGACCAAAAAAUUAAAUGAACUUCUUGCUUUUGAUUGUUGCUGUAUUUGUUGUCAGAAAUAACGCUCCAAUUUGCUUCAAAGUCUGGAGAGCCCUCAAAAUGACUUCGAAAAACAGGUAUGCUCUGCUUCACCCCCUUUGACACCCAUUUGGGGCCUAAAGCACCGCCCAAACCCAUCAUCAAGAGUUUAAGCCAUUCAGUUGCCAGGUCAAUCACAUCCCUGCAAUGCUUUAGGAAUGAUUUGAGAAUAUUGCCAAUGCUGUUUAACCUUAUAAUACGUGUUUAGAUCUAAAAUCACAUGAUAAGUGUUUAGAUCUUAUAUAACAUUAUAAGUGUUUAAACCUUAAUUAACAUGAUAAGUGUUUAGAUCUUAAAUCGCAUAAUAAGUGUUUAGAUUUGAAAUCACAUAAUAAGUGUUUAGAUUUGAAAUCUUAUAUUGAGUGUUUAGAUCUGAAAUCGCAUAUAAAGUGUUUAGAUCUAAAAUAACAUAAGUGUUUUGAUCUGAAAUCACAUAAAAAGUGUUUAGAUUGGAAAUAUUAUGAUAAGUGUUUAGAUCUGAAAUUACAUAAUAAGGGUAUAGAUUUGAAAUCUUAUAAUUAGUGUUUUUGAAAUAUUUCUAACAGAAAUGUAAAACAAAUACAGUCCUGUUUAUAAACUAUGUUGUUAAGUUUGUCAGCGAAAUGUAGUACUUCUUGCAAAUAAUGAAUAACGGUAGAUACAUAUAUUGCCAUAGAUCUGUUAUGUGUAUUUUGAUCUUUUUGAUUAUCACAUUUUACUUGUUUACCUCAUUUUUCCCGUAUUUAUUUGUGCCAUAUUUAGUUUGAUUGUAUAUUAUACAGAGAGUAGCACUGUAUGUACAUGUAUUUGCUUGUUUACUUUUUAUGUAGAAAAAAGAACUGAGUCAUUUGAUUGUAUUAGGAAUCGGGGCCAUCUCAUUAUCGAGCAGGAUAAAAUAUCUCGGGAUAAAAAAAUCAAUUGAAUACAAUGGAAGUAUUAGAAUUGGAAUCAAAAUUUGAACGACUUAUUUCGAUACAAAUAUUGUUUCAUUUUUAAGGCAUAAAUGUUUUUCGAAAAAUAUUGCAUAAUAUCUUAUAAUAUAAAAUUCAGAAAAACGACCGUACCGUUGUAAUCGUUAAUCAGGGGGUCUCUUUAAUAGUAUCAUUUCAUCUAGGUAGGAAUGAAAUUUAUAAAACACCUAUCAGGUUUAAGUGUAUUUUCAUCGUCAUUUCUAGGAUGCUUAUUUAGCUAUCAAAUUUUAUGCAGGGUAUUAAUUGCUUAUUUUUCGUACUCAAGUUUGAAGGAAUCCGUUGUUCACACAUAAAACGUAAUUUAUUAUGGUGAUACCUUAAUUUAAAUUUAAUUUAAUUUAAAGUCAUGUUGAGACCAAGUUUUUGAAAAUAAUUUAUUACACAAAUAUUAUUAUUAUUUUAUUUUCCAUUUGUUCUAUAUUAUAUGUAUAUCCUAGUCUUUUAUAUUAUAAGUCUUUGAGAUAUUUAUUUGAUAUGUUGAUGUUAAAAAUUGAAAGCUUACUGAUAGUAUUACAGAACUCUAUAAAUGGUAUAAUGAUUUACAGUCAUUUAUAAUCACAUUAAAGUGUAAAAGUCAGCUAUAUACAACUAAUAUACUUGUACUCAUUAACUAUUCAUAAGUUUCCUUAUUGUUGUUAUUUUAGAAUGGCUGGUUUGAAUGGAUUAUGAACCUUGCAAUGCUGGCAAGGAAAAUGAAGAAUGUUUUUGUGAAGACACAUGUGGUACAUUUAACUUGUGUUUUUUAUAACAUAAAAAGCUAGUAUUGUCAUAGCCUUGGUCUUGUUGCUACGGCAGCUGUAGGAUUGUUGAAAAUCUCUAUCCUUAGCCUUAAAUCCUAAAUCGUUCAAGAUUACCAUAGUCAUGUUUCCAGUGGCAAAUACGCACAUGUAUAGCAUGGCCCAUAACUUUGGCUUUUUUAUUUUCGGAGUUCUGAUCCUGGCUCUACUGGGGAAAUAACAACAGACGAGCAUUGGGGUUUGCUUUAUGGCACUCUUGUUUGUCUAAUUGUAGGUCAAAUAUAUGAUAUAUUGAAGUACCGGUAGUUGAAACUUAGUAAUGCUCAUAUUCUAUGCUCAUUGCUUUCUGUAUUGUGAACACAAUGUUUUGUAUUCCCACCAUUAGUUUUGUUGUCUUUUAAUGGGAAACAAUGGCAAUUGAACAUUUUUCAAAGUUAAUCGCCAAAAUAGUGACGGCACAUAGCGGUUUCAUGUUUCAUUGAUGGAAGUGUUUUAUUUGAUUUACACAGAUAUUUCUUUACUGCAUCUAAAAUGAUACAUCUUAUUAUUUACAUUUCUUACAGUCUUUGAAUUGAUAUUUCUUUUUUAAUGUAUAUCACUAUAUGUGUAUAGAUAUACCAUAUUUCAUUUAUAAUCAAACAUGUAUGCGAAUCAAACGUUAGCAGCUUACAACAGGUAUACAGCAUUAAGUGAAGACUUUUUUUGAAGGAAGAUUAACUUAUCAUUGAUUGAAUUACAUUUUUCUAGAUAAUUAUGUUUUCUCAAUUCAUAAAUCAUAAUGUACUGAUUUAUUAAAGUAUGUUGUGUAUAUGUAAUGUUAUAUUUCGAAGUAUUGUGAAAUUAAUGUUUUCCUAUUAAAAAAUUAUUAAGAUCUUCUGCGAAAUAUUGAUCAUCAAUUGAUUACCUUGUGUUAAAAUCAACUUAAAUAAACUUUAAAGUAGUUAAGUGAGGCAGAUAUUUAUCAUAUGCUACUUUUAAAGUAAAACUAUAUAAAAUUAUACUCGAAAUAUCACUAUUAUAAAAAUUUAUGCAACAUAGAAAUAUCAUGCUUAUUAUGUCUUCUUCAUUGUUCGAUGAUUAUUUGAUUUUAUUGAAGUAAAAAAAAAGAUUGUUUUGACUGCAAAAUUAAAAAAACAAAAGUUGCUUUAGAAGAACCACAGUAUUUGUAAUAAGAAACAAUGAUAGUAUUUGAGAAUAAUUUGAUAAACCCUAUCAAUGGAAAUUGUUAAUUGACAUUAAAUAUAUGAGUUCUACAAUGACAAUUUAUCGCUAAACGUGAAGUAGGUAGUGGAAGGUUAAUCACACAGUAAAUAUUAAUUGUUUCAUUGUUUGUACAUGCAUAAUUGUUGAGUCUGUGAAGUAGGUAACAUACUGAAUUUGUUAAUGGUUUUUGUUUUGUAUUAUGUUAUUUUGUAUUGGCGUAUACAUUACUUUGAUAUUGUUUUUAUUAGACAAGUUCUAUAAAAAGUUGAGUAAA